UAAUAGCAUAGGGGUAUCUAAAUUUGUUGAAAACAUUGCAAAAGUCAACAAAUUUCAGCAUGCUGUAAUGCAAGUGUCCUGUCUACAAUGGUAUCGUAUUUGAUAUCGUUUUAAAGGUCACACUGCGUACUACGUCAUUUUCCUGAUGAUUUUCCUAGCUAAAACUAUUUAUAGUAACUAGAGCACAAGCAAUGACGUAUAUAUCAAGGUUUUUACUAAUAUUUGAUUGGCUCUAACGUAGUCAAGUACAUAGAAGCUUAUUUUGAUUGGUCUCAAGGCGGCCAUCUUGGAUUUCGUAUGGUGACUCUAGACCACAAUGCAUAGCGCGUGUGUCAACAUCCCUGUGAAGCGUGCUCUCGAUUCAUUCGAUUUUGGAUUGCAUUAUCUAUUUUUGUUAGAUUAUCUUUUUUUCACCAAACAAGAACUAUGCCAGCCAAAGCAUUUACUGCCAAUACUAAAGCCAGAACUCGUCUGUCAAGAAAGCAUCAGACUGCGGCUGCCAGAGAAGCAAGGCUAAAUCAUCUCAAACAAGCCACCACUCCAAAAACUUCUGCAACCACUUCCAACCCAUCUAUAGUUGAACCCACUGUUUCAGCAUCUAAGCGUAAGCUUUCUUUUUUUAGUGAGGAAAAUAUUACAGGUAUGGGGAUGGCUAUACCAUCAACUUUUGUUUGCUUAGAAUCACUGAAAUCACUUUUUAUAAAUCUUCAGUGUUCAUCUUGUGGCACACAAAACUUAAAUCUAACCCAUGACCCAAAAAAAAACUCUGGGCUUGCCAUUUAUCUGCAGGUUUUCUGUACAACCUGCCAAGAGGUAAAAGGUGACACUUUUACAUCACCUAAAUCAGAUAAGAUCCAUACUGUCAACAGACAGGUUGUUGCAGCAUCUUUGGCUACUGGUAUGGGUCAUGCAGGGCUUGUUAAAUUUUCUGAAAUAAUGAAUGCGCCUGUGCUUCACAAAAAAUCAUUUGGGCAACACACUAAAUUUGUUUUCAGCCAGUCUGCUGGCUAUGUAAACCAGAUGCUAAAAGAAAGUGCCAGUACUGUAAGAGCUGCCUAUCCUGAACAAAGUAAUAAACAUGUCAUUGACAUUGAUGUAUCCUAUGAUGGUACAUGGCAGACACGGGGGCACUCUUUAAAAUAUGGUGUUGGGUGCAUAAUAGAAAAUAAAACAGGUCUUGUAAUAGACUACCAUGUUCUGUCUAAGCACUGUCAUGUUUGUGCCAAGACAGGAAACUUUUUGAAACUAGAGGACCCUGUCAAGUACCAACUGUGGUACAAUGCACACAAACAGUCCUGUGAUAUAAAUCACUUUGGCUCUAGUGGAAGCAUGGAGCAGCAAGCUGCAGUGAUUAUGUGGUCACGGUCAGUUGAAAAAAAUGGCUUCAGGUAUAAAAGUGUCAUUUCAGAUGGAGACACAAAUACCAUAAAAGCCAUCCAUGAGCAAAACCCAUACCCUGACCUUGUUGAAAAGAGAGAAUGCCUUAAUCAUGUUUCAAAAAGAUUGGGAACAGCUCUGAGGAAUGUGGUGGAUACAAAAAAAAAGCAAAAAAUAACUCUUGGUGGUAAUGGGAAAGGUAAACUUACCCAACCUAAAAUCAAUAAAUUGCAAAAGUAUUUUACAAAAGCAUUACGCUCAAGCACCACUAUUCCUCAGAUGCGAAAGGCAAUAUGGGCCACAUUUUAUCACUGUACAUCUUCGGAUGAUAAUCCUAUGCACAGUGACUGUCCUGCUGGCAAAUCUUCUUGGUGCUUUUACCAGAGAGCCUUGGCUAGAAACCAACCUGCAGGGUCACAUGAAAAAGAAAUGACAACAUUUCUUUCCCCCCUAGUGGCUGAGCAUAUUCGUCCUGUGUUUGAACGAAUGACACAGGAUGAAUUGUUACAACGCUGCAUCUUAGGGCAGACUCAAAAUGUCAAUGAGUCAAUUCAUGCUUUGAUAUGGAGUCGGUGCCCUAAGCAUUUAUUUGUGGGAAGAAAGAGACUUGAAGUCUCUGUAGGGGUAGGUGUUGGUGAGUUUAAUAUGGGCUCCAAGGCAUCCCAACUUUUCUUGAGCCACCUUAAUAUUAAGACUGGCAUACAGUCAAAGUCUUUGGGGCUCAAGAGAGAUUGUAACAGAAUCUCAAAAGCCCAGAGAUGCAUUGAAAAAAAUGAAACAAAAAGAAGGUUAUCAAGGAAGCAAGCAGAAGAACGUGAAAGGCAAAGAAUCGAACAACAGGAGGGUGGUCCCCAAUACAUCCCUGGUGGUGCAGACAUUUAAAUAUAUAUAUUUAAAUGAUUUUCCUAUUUUAUUUUAUUAACAAUGGUCAAUCCUUAUUAUUGUUAAAAUUAUUGUAUAGCCUUGUGUUAUUUAC